UUCAGUCAAACGGCACCGGGCGGAGCGGAGCGGAGCAUCGGGGUCAGCGGCUCUUCACUUUGGACUACUGGACACAUCUGGACUGCGCUGCAAUGCUGCUGCUGCUACAGGGAGGACCCUCUGCCGUUUAUGUAUCACUUUUAUUUUAUUCUUAUUUCCUGGAGCCAACUUUGGUGCUCGCCUUCAACCUUGACACCAAUCAUGUCAUCAGAAAAGACGGAGAGCCGGGCAGUCUGUUCGGGUUUUCUCUCGCCAUGCACAGGCAACUCAACCCGGAUGAAAGAAUGCUGUUGAUUGGUGCACCCAGAGCCAGAGCGUUGGGAAAACAGACCGCUAACAUUACAGGAGGCCUUUAUAAGUGUGAAAUCACACAGUCCAAUGAUUGUGAGCGCAUUGAAUUUGAUAGUAAAGAGGACAUACUUGUUGAGAACAAGGAGAAUCAGUGGAUGGGGGUGACGGUUCAGAGCCAGGGACCUGGGGGAAAGAUUGUGACUUGUGCUCAUCGCUAUCAGAGGCGCCUGUUUGUGAACACCCCUCAAGAGUCCCGGGACAUCAUUGGGCGCUGUUAUGUCCUGAGUCAGGACCUGACCAUUGACUCGUCCUCUGAUGAGGAUGGAGGUAACUGGAAAUUCUGCGAGGGCAGAGCCAGAGGCCACGAGAUGUUUGGAUCUUGCCAGCAGGGUUUGGCUGCCACCUUCACCAAGGACUACCAUUAUGUGGUGUUUGGAGCACCAGGAGCUUACAACUGGAAAGGCAUUGUACGAGUGGAGCAAAAGAACAACACUUUGCUAGAGAUGGGAGUGUAUGAUGACGGCCCAUAUGAAGUUAGAGACGACCAUCUCUUGAACCCCGGGUUCGUGCCUGUACCUGCCAACAGCUAUCUCGGAUUCUCCCUCGAUUCGGGACACAGCAUCACCAGGAGUCGUGGCCUAACGGUGGUGGCUGGAGCACCCAGAGCCAAUCACAGUGGAGCCGUGGUCCUGCUGAAGAAAGAGAACGAGGCAUCCGCCAGACUUUUGGUGGAACACACUCUGUACGGGCCAGGACUCGCCUCCUCCUUUGGAUACGACGUGGCUGUGGUUGACCUGAACGGUGAUGGAUGGCAAGACAUAGUUGUAGGAGCCCCUCAGUUCUACAUGAAGGACAGAGACAUUGGAGGAGCUGUUUACGUCUACAUUAAUCAGGCAGGAAGGUGGGAAAGAAUCACUCCUGUCCGUCUAAACGGGACCAAGGACUCCAUGUUUGGACUGGCAGUCGAGAACAUUGGAGACAUCAAUCAAGACACCUAUGAAGACAUUGCCAUCGGAGCUCCUUAUGAUGACGGCGGUGCAGGAAAAGUCUACAUUUAUCACGGCUCUGCACAAGGAAUCAAAACCAGCCCUGCACAGAUCCUUUCAGGAAAAGAGCACAACAUGCGACUCUUUGGAUAUUCUCUGGCAGGGAACAUGGACUUGGACAGAAACUCUUAUCCAGACGUGGCUGUCGGCUCUCUGUCGGACACAGCUCUGAUCUACAGGGCACGGCCAGUCAUUAGCAUCAGGAAAGAUAUCAAAAUAUCUCCAAAGGAAAUUAACCUUACAAUUAAAACCUGUGAUAACAGCAUUUGCUUUGCAGUGGACGCGUGCUUCACCUACAAAGCAAACCCUGAAUCUUACACCCCAAGACUAACUAUCGGCUACUCUGUCGAGGCAGAUGGAGAUCGCAGGAAACAGGGACUUCCUGCCAGAGUGACGUUCCUGAACAAAUCCCGCACUGAAACAGACUACCAGUUUAACGGCACCUUGGACCUCCGUGGCCAGAACCAAAAAACAUGCAUCAAGAUAACAGCCAAACUGAAGGACAAUAUUAAGGACAAGAUGCGCAGCAUUCCCAUCGAGGUGUCUGCAGAAAUUGCGGGUACUAAGCGACAGAAGACGAGGAACGGCCUCCCUCAACUCAUGCCCAUACUAGACUCCUCUCAGCCGAGCAAAGACGUCAUUGAGGUCAACUUUGUAAAAGAGGGAUGUGGAAGUGAUCAUAUUUGCCGGAGUAACCUGAAGAUGGAGUAUAAAUUAUACUACAAACAAAGCAACCUAGAUGAGUACUCCCCAUUACCCAUCAAGAACAACGUCCCUGUGUUUCAUCUAAAUUACGAGAGGAAGGACUUAGCUCUGCGUGUGACAGUCAACAACAUGAAUGAAGAUGAUGCUUACGAAGCAAAGCUGGUGGGGACUUUCCCAGAUACGCUGUCAUAUUCUGGAGUCCGCUCACAUCAAACAACGAUGGAAAAGCCAAUCAUCUGUACAGCCAAUCAGAACGGCUCUCAAGCAGACUGUGAGCUGGGGAAUCCUUUUAAGAGAGACUCUAAGGCUACAUUUUACAUCAUCCUGAGCACUGUGGGUAUGGCUCUCGACACCACAGAGAUUGAUAUCGACCUGCAGCUCCAAACAACAAGUGUGCAAGAAAAUAUUGCCCCUGUUAAAGUGAAGGCUAAAGUAAUCAUUGAAUUGCCGUUGUCGGUCAGUGGGGAAGUCAGCCCUAAUCAGGUUUCCUUUGGAGGUGUUGUGAAAGGUGAAAGUGCCAUGAAGACAGAAGAAGAGAUUGGAAGUUUGAUUACUUACACAUUCAGAAUAAACAACUUGUGGAAGUCUUCUGUCCGGGCCUCACUUCACAUUCAGUGGCCCAAAUGGAACAAAGACGGUAAAUGGCUUCUGUACCUGGUAAAGGUCACUGCAACAGGACCGGAGGACAUCCUUUGCUCUCCCGAGUCUGAAAUCAACUCUCUCAAACACAUCCAGGAGACUUCUGCGUCCAGGACAAAGCGUGAAAUUGGAGAAAGAAAAACUGUUGGCACAAUGUCCUCCCUGUCAGGCAAAAAAAAGGUUUUGACAUGUGACAGUGAGACCAAAUGUGUGGUGCUCAAGUGCCCCCUACAGGGCAUGGACGGUACAGCAGUUAAACUCAGGUCUCGCCUCUGGAACUCGACCUUUAUUGAGGAUUACGCCUCUAUUUCAAACUUGCACAUCGUUGUGAAGGCCUCGCUCGUCCUUCAUACUCAGGCUAAAAACAUGAUCCUGAGAACUCCUCACACUGAUGUCACAGUGGCAGUGUCCCCUGAAGGUGCAGUAGCACAGCUGAGUGGAGUUCCCUGGUGGAUCAUACUGGUGGCUGUUCUUGCAGGCAUCUUGAUUUUGGCUUUGUUGGUGUUUCUGCUCUGGAAGUGUGGAUUCUUCAAACGCUCCAAACAAGAGGACAGCGUCCCUCGUUACCACGCAGUGCGGAUAAGAAAAGAAACGCCUGAGUACAAAGAUGGAAAAGUCAUGCUUGAUUCUUUUGAAAAAAAGCAGUGGAUGACGACUUGGGUUGAUGAUGAGAGUUACUCGUAACUCAUUUCUUUCUGUUCCAAAUGAUUUUUGCAGACAGGUAUAACCUGAUUUGUUUUAAACAAUCUCAAGGCACAAACACACUGAACUUUGUUUUUAUUUUUAUUUGUUGAACGUCAGUGAUCUUUUCUUUUCAGAUAUUAGUUGGGUUCAUGUAUUUGAAUUGUUACACUGUAUAGAUGAAAUGUUUUUUUUUUUUGUAAGUUUUGUAUAUAUUUAAAUACUUCUGCACACUGUACUGUAUAUUUAUUUUUUGAUAAAAAAAUAAUUUCAUGCAGCCAAAGAAUUCUUUUUAGUCUUAUGUGUCCUGGAGCAGAUCGACAAAGGACAAAGUUUACUACUGUUUCUAUGGAGUUGUACUGUCUUACUUUAAGCCGAAAGUCUAUGCAAGGAAGGCACAGCUAGCUCAGUGUCAUAUGAAUGUAAGGGGCCAACGCACGUUUUGCAUGCAAUCAGUAAAUGUUUCUGUUGUGUAUAAUUAUGUGUCUAGUUUCACUACUUUCCAUCAAAAUGCUUCGGUCCUUUUUGGAAUGACAUUUAGGUACACUGGGUACAUUAUCAUUUCACAAUAAUUAAAGGUGCACAAAUGACUAAUAAAAAUGAUAAUUGAUUCUUCACCUCUUCUCACUGUUGUGGCAUUCAGGUAGCAUCCACUGUACUGUCUGUAGGUCAUCACUGAAGUAAGACUUUUUGUUCCAUGUGCAGAAUCCAAAGGGAAGAUGGUGAAAAGAGACUGAAAUGUAUGUUUUAUAGAUUUAAUUCAAAGUUUGUCUUUCUUGUUGAAAUUGUCAAGUAUAAUAAAAUUCUUAAAAACUGA